AUGAAAUUUUGGUCAAAUAUUACUAGAAUUGCGAGUAAGAUAAAGGAAAAGUGUUUGAGUCUAAUCAAGCCUCCUGAUCCUUUAUAAGGCUUAAAAGAAUAAUUAUAAGAUAUUAAUUAAAUGGAGGAUUAAUAUUAAGAAAUAAAAAAUAAAUUAGAUGAACUUUCAUUGGAAAGUUAAGAAACAACAAAAUUGCAAAAUGAGGACAAUUAAAUACCAAAAGGGAGUGAGAAUUACAAGAUUGCAAUUAAAUAAGUCUAUUCGACUUUGACAAAAAAAUAAAGGGAAUUUUACAAUUUGUUAACGGAAGAGGAGUACUAUAUAGUUUUAGCAGCUCUGAAAACACCAUAAUACUCUAGGUUGAAACCAGGAGUUUGGUUAAACGAUGAAAUUAUUAAAUGA